CGGUCUGAUGGUCAGGUGGACCGGAGAGAACCCCGUCGUCUCGUCCUGAGUCUCUGUCUCCCCCUCCUGUCCUCAGCACCAGCCUGCCUUUUCCUCUAUUAUUUUCCACUCAGCUUCUCGCAGUUUAAAAUGGCGGCGUUGAGCAGCGCCGAGUCUCCACCGCCCGUCUUCAACGGAGACGCCACGGAGCGGGAGCCGGGAAGGGAGAGCGGCCUGGAGGAGCUGGGCCCAGGUUUGGACUCUUCGUGCUCCUCGGGGAUUCCCGGAGGUCCGCAGGAGGAAGAGAUCUGGAACAUCAAGCAGAUGAUAAAGCUGACACAGGAACACUUAGAGGCUCUGCUGGAGAAAUUUGGAGGCGAACACAAUCCUCCCUCCAUAUAUUUGGAGGCAUAUGAAGAGUACACCAGUAAACUGGACGCCCUGCAGCAGAGGGAGCAGCAGCUACUGGAAGCCAUGGGGAAUGCCACAGACCUCUCCUGCACCACUUCCCCUAUGUCAAGUCUGUUGGAGGUCAAGAUGGGAGGUGAUGGAGUUGGAGGUGGAGCUCAGGCUCUUCCCUCAGCCCCCAACUCAUUAGCAGUCCUGCAGACCCCCACCGAUACUGGACGGUCCAAUCCACGCUCCCCCCAGAAGCCUAUUGUUCGUGUGUUCUUGCCAAACAAACAGAGAACAGUGGUCCCAGCCCGCUGUGGGAUGACUGUGAGGGACUCACUGAAGAAAGCUCUGAUGAUGCGGGGACUCAUCCCAGAGUGCUGUGCAGUCUAUAGAAUACAGGAUGGAGAAAAGAAGCCUAUUGGCUGGGACACAGACAUCUCCUGGCUGACUGGAGAGGAGCUCCACGUGGAAGUGUUGGAGAAUGUGCCACUUACCACACAUAACUUUGUGAGGAAGACCUUCUUCACAUUGGCCUUCUGUGAUUUCUGUAGAAAACUGCUGUUCCAGGGUUUUCGCUGUCAGACCUGUGGCUACAAGUUCCAUCAGCGCUGCAGCACAGAGGUUCCUCUCAUGUGUGUCAACUAUGACCAGCUAGACUUGCUGCUUGUAUCAAAGUUCUUCGAGCAUCAUCCGUUCAGCCAGGAAGAGGUCUCCUCAGAGGGAACCACACCUGUGUCUGAGCUCUGUCCAUCUCUCCCCCCAUCGGACUCCACCGGCUCUAUAUACCACACUACAGUGUCCCCAUCCAAGUCCAUUCCCAUUCCAAAUAGUUUUCGGACCAGUGAGGAAGACCACCGCAACCAGUUUGGCCAGCGAGAUCGUUCGUCCUCCGCCCCCAAUGUCCAUAUUAACACCAUUGAGCCUGUCAACAUUGAUGAUCUUAUCUGUGAUCAGGGCUUGCAGAGGUCAGAUGCAGGUUCUACCACUGGGCUGUCUGCCACACCGCCAGCAUCUCUUCCUGGCUCACUGACCAAUGUCAAAGCACCACAGAAGUCACCAUGCCAACAAAGGGAACGCAAGUCUUCGUCAUCGUCUGAAGAUCGCAAUAAAAUGAAAACACUGGGCAGAAGAGACUCCAGUGAUGACUGGGAGAUUCCAGAAGGUCAGAUCACCCUGGGUCAGAGGAUAGGCUCUGGAUCCUUUGGAACUGUCUUUAAAGGAAAAUGGCAUGGUGAUGUGGCUGUGAAAAUGCUGAAUGUCACUGCUCCCACUCCACAGCAGCUUCAGGCCUUCAAGAAUGAAGUGGGCGUCCUCAGAAAAACGCGUCAUGUGAAUAUCUUGCUGUUCAUGGGUUACACAACCAAACCCCAGCUGGCCAUUGUGACCCAGUGGUGUGAAGGCUCCAGUCUGUACCAUCAUCUGCACAUCAUUGAAACCAAAUUUGAGAUGAUCAAGCUGAUCGACAUCGCCCGUCAGACUGCUCAGGGCAUGGAUUACCUACAUGCCAAGUCCAUUAUUCACAGAGACCUGAAGAGCAACAAUAUUUUCCUGCAUGAGGAUCUGACCGUGAAGAUUGGUGACUUUGGUCUAGCCACAGUCAAAUCUCGUUGGAGCGGCUCCCACCAGUUCGAGCAACUGUCUGGUUCAAUACUUUGGAUGGCUCCAGAGGUGAUCAGGUUGCAGGACAAGAAUCCCUACAGCUUCCAGUCAGAUGUGUAUGCUUUCGGCAUUGUGCUCUAUGAGCUCAUGUCAGGAGCUCUGCCCUAUUCCAACAUUAACAACAGAGACCAGAUUAUCUUCAUGGUGGGUCGAGGUUACCUUUCUCCAGACCUGAGCAAGGUCCGCAGCAACUGUCCUAAGGCCAUGAAAAGACUGAUGGCAGAUUGCUUGAAGAAAAAGAGAGAAGAGCGACCCCUCUUCCCCCAGAUUUUGGCAUCCAUUGAACUGCUGGCUCGUUCAUUACCCAAAAUCCACCGCAGCGCCUCUGAACCUUCCUUAAAUCGAGCAGGCUUUCAGACGGAAGACUUCAGCUUGUACUCCUGCGCCUCACCUAAAACUCCCAUUCAAGCUGGAGGUUAUGGGGAGUUUUCUGCAUUCAAGUAAUUACAGCCAGCACAAUAGUCCUUCUCUCAUCACCUCUCAAAUGUCUUGUGUUCUUGCAAUGGAUUCAUCUGUUCCUGGAAAAUAAUAAUAAUUUUAAAAAAACGGUCUUGAAGAAUGUGCAAUUUUCUUCCUUGGCCUGCCAUGAAGGAGAUGCAUUCACUAAAGGUUCUUUCACAACAAAACCAAAAGACAGAUAAGGGAUUGAAGAAAGUUAUUGAAGAAAAACAAGAUGCAAGAUUUUUGGACAAAAUUGGUUUUAGAUGAAAAGCCGUGAACUCCAUAGAUCGGUUUGUAUCUUUGAAGCAAAGCUGGAAUUGUCGUUCUGGCAGCUUUUUGAUGGACAGCAGAGCCGUGCCAGAUGAAGAGGCCUCUUGUCUGCCAUUAGUCCCCUAAAUUAAGCCGGUGUUUUUCUUGAAGGAUGUUAACAUGAACAUUGUUUUUCACUUCUCACCCUUUCAUAGUACCACUACCUUUUGCUUAGAGCACCGUCCAUCUGAAAAGCCAUUUUAGAGGAAAGGUUCCUUGGAAUUGUGCCGCAGGCUGUCUUGUGUUUCUUUGACUCUUUGUGAUCUUAAUUCUGCAACAGAAAAAACUGUUUUGCCCUCAUGUUUGGAUUAUUUCAGUGAUAAGGAACAGAAACUCAAAUCUACAGUUUUUGUUAUUUUGAAGGAAUUUCCUUCCUUCCUUUAAACUUGCUGGUCAGAUCUGUUUUUCUUACAGCAGAUUCUAUUGGUUAAAGUUCUUAUAUAGAUAAUUUCCUUCUACCUUUUAUCUGACUUUGGGAUUAUCUAUCCGCAUUUCCCAAAGCAAUCUGGAGCCCUCCAACUAACUGAACCAUUCAUCGGUUCUGGAUGAGACAUCUUUGAAGUAUCUAAACUGCAGAAACUCCUCCACACUGUCCCUAUAUUCAAACUGUCCACUCGUUCAUUCUAGAUGACUCCUGCUUACUCUGAAUCAGAAGGUUUGUAAGAUUGAUAGAGGGAAAAAAUGCAGAAAAAUUAAAAUGUUUUGUUAAGUCUUAACACUACACCAUGUAAUAGUAUCCCAAAAUAAAAGCGGGAGGGUUGAUGUAGAGAGUGAAUGAAUGAACACUCUGAAUGCAAGACCAGUGUACAACGCUGAUGGUCUCUUUGGGCUUCCAGAUUGUUUCCCCAGGUAGUCACCAUCUCUCGUUGCACUCUCUUUAAAUUUCGGACCCAGCUUUUAGUUGCUUAUGAAUGAUGGCCAAGAGUGUUACCUACAUAAUAAUCCAGAUCUCUAACUGGCUUUUUUAUUUUCUCUAAACAAUGUUCCAUCAUUCAUUUCAUUUUGUAUUGAAGGACUGAAGGUGUUAAUAUUGGCUCCUUGAAUUUUAUUUUUAUUGUUUGCCUUCUACUAUACAGGCAGGCCUGCAGAUUUUGACAUAUUUAUAAUAGUUCAUUUUUUGUUUUUCGAUAGCUUUAUGCUCAGAAUAGUUCAGUCUUUCUUUUAAUGCUUGUUUUAGUCAUUGUGACCUGUGUACUUGCACUUUGUAGAGAGCGACUAAGCAAUUGGCCUUUUUUUUUUCUCUCACCUGAAGAAUGAGUUGCAAUCUGAAAAGCAGAUGAAUCUUGAUUUAAGUGCCACUGAGUCAUCCACAGAAGCUGGACUGUGAAUAUUGAGUUGCACACACUCAGAAAUGGUGUUUCAAAAAGUGAAGUCCAACAUAGCACAAAAAGCUUUCAACCUUGAUCUUAAACCAUCUCACCCUGACCCGUUAUUUGCACUUCUUUUCUUUUUUUGUUACUUGCCUCUGAGCUUUGGUUCUUGUUCCCUCAGCAAAUGUUUAUAGUUUUUCUGUCUGAAUUGGAAUAAACUCCAUUAAGCCACCACAGGACUAUAAAACAUCUAGGAUUAAUAUUAUAUGCUAUUGUCUACGCAGUGCUGCUAUCUUUUGUUGCAAACUACCUAGCAGAGUGCAGAACUGUGACUGGUGUAGAUACUAAAUGGAACAGCUAGCAGUCUGAGCCACAGAAUUGAGGGGCAAAUGGGGCAAUAGAGCUAAAAAAGCAACAUGUUUUAUAAAAAGGAUCGUGUGAUACUAUCUGACUAGAAAUCUAUAACUAGAAACUAGAACUUUUUUUUUCCCAUAUUAUUCCCAUUUCAAAAAUCACAUAGCAUCAGUGUUUAAAUCACCCUAACAUGAACGGCAUCCCCAGUUUGGACAGAGAACACUGAUUGACGGGUCUAACCAAUGCAAAGAGUAUCCAAAGCUGCUUAUAUAUUUUUUAAAAAAGCUUUUCAAUUUGUCAGUCAUCGUCCAGCUGUGGGAUAUGACUGAGAGUGUUUCAGGUGUAGACGGCCUCCAUGAAAUAACAUUAUGAAAGGUUGAUGGUGGAAGCUAAAUAUAUUUUAAGCUAGGAAAUCUUGAAAGAAUAGAAGCGGUGGAAGUAAAUUAUGCAUAUUCAAAGCAGAUGUAGAACUGAAAAUCGACUUCUGACACAGCAAGGGCCUUUGGAACUGAUAUGCAGGUCUACACCUUGGUAAUGUCAUGUGGGCCUGCAGGGGCACUGUUGUCUGACAGAAAACACUAUACGCUCUCUUACUGAAUAUAUUGAUUGGCUAUGUGGCUGAAGGAAAAUGACUUACUGAGCUCUCUCACUAAGAUCAAAGAUCCUCUGUAUCAGAAACAUGAGUGAUCUUCAUGAAAGUGAGUGAAGAGGAAAAACCUGUUCUCUUCAAGCUUCUUUUCGUUGUUGAAGCUGCAGUAUGUAACUUGUAAAAUUUGGUGAAACAGUCACCAUGUUGUGACAGUAUAAUAUGUGACAGAUAAUCUGUGAAAAGAUCAAACUCCUACCAGUACUCUUACUACCAUCUGCAGAAAUGCACUGCUCCAAGUCAAAAACCAUCAAUCAAAGCCAGGAGGAAAGUCUUAGCACUGUCAGUCAACCUCAGGUAUACACUGCUCAAUGUGCUGCUGGUGGAGAAACAAUUUACCAUUCAAGGAAAGUUGUUUAUUCGCUGUCAUUGGCAAUGCUAACUAUCCUGAGCAUUCAUGGCAGGUGAACUAGCUGUAGCGUAGAACUAGCUGUAAAAAAAUAAUUUUUUCAGAUCAUCUGUCCGUACAACAAAUAUGUAAAGAACUGUCUCAAUAUUUCACUUGUUGACUCCUGAUAAUUAGCUGCACCAGCAUCUAGUCCUACCCAAAGUAUUUGAUCAAAAUGAACGAGGGACUGAUUAUCUGUGGCUGUCAUCUAAUGUCCAUCACCGUUUUCAGUUCCCUACCACCUGCCAUCUGUGGCAUUAGCUUGAAGUGGCAUUCAGGACCAAAUGAUGUUCUGUUGAAAGACAAAAUUGUAGACAGUUAGGGCAGGGUGUCAGUAUCCUUAGACUGUUUACAUAUUUGUUAGUGUUGCUGAGUUAAACCAUCAUAAGUAAAACAUACUUAUGAUGGUCUGUUGAAUCAAGAAUGAAUCUUGAAUCAGAAUGAAAGAGGGAAAGUCUUCCCUUUCAGAAACUAUUGUUACUUCCUAAUAUGAAGCAGGAUGUUUCAGGUAACUGUUAUUGAAUGAAUGUGUUUGCGACAUCCAUGCACAUCAGAAUAACAUUACUGGUCAAAACCAGUAAUGUUUUUGCCAUUCACUAGAAAUUACAACAUUUCUAGUGAAUGUUGCCAUUAUUUGAUUAUUUUCAAUAAUAGUUUUUUGUCACAUAGUCAUUUGAUGCUACAGGAAAUACAGGCAGACUUGGUUUACAGUAGAGCAUAUUUAACUUAGUGGGUAGGGUGUCAGUCUGUUAGCUCUCCAAGCUACUGAAUCUCAUUCAAGUUUAGAUUUCUUCCUACAAUAUAGAGACUAUGUUACUACUGUCAUAUUGGUUGGUUAUUGUCCGCGUGCAGUUUUAUUUUGUUACUCCUCAGAUAAUUCAGUCAGCAUUCGUGCCUCAUUUUUCCGACCAAGCUAUUCUACAAGUUCAAGUGUUCUAAGACUGAAGGUAUGGUCUUUAAAUAACUGCAACUACAAUUUGAGUAAGUUGAACUCAAAACAUCUGCUUUUUUUUUUAAUCACUUUUCAUUAUUAUCCCCCUUUUGCAGUCAAAAUGAAGUCAAAUGAGUGAAAAUAGCUUUGUACCACUGAGCAGCUAAUCUAUGUGAAGCACAACUGUGUUGAGCUGAAUCGAAAUAUAUACAAACAUCCAAUCAGAACAGUCUAAACAAAAAGAUGUGUCACAUCUUCUACACACUUCACAAACAGAAGUGUGGAUGUGUUUUGCUCUAUACCUCGUAAAGUGUUUGACCCAAUUUAAGAUCAUGACUGAGGUAAAACUGUGAGCUCCUAGUUGACCUUUGUCCGAGUAUAGCCUUUGUUCUUGUCCCGAGGUUUUGGAUUCAUCCUUCAGUGUUUGUAUUUUCUACAGAUGCUUGCACACUAUGAGACUUGAGGAAGCAAAUGGUGAUGACUUUACAAGAUCUGUUCUAAUUUCUGUCAUAUUAUUGCAAAUAUAAUGAAUAUUGGCAAAGCUUUCAAAUUACUGGUCAAUCUACAUUCCUACCCUCAUCUAUGGCUAUAAGCUUUGGGUAAUGACUAAAAGAACAAGAUCACAGAUACAAGCACCCAAAAUGAGCUUUCUCCUAAUCCUGUCUCUAAGGGAGAGCCCAGAAACCUUAUCUGGGCUCUCCCUUAGAGAUGGGGUGAGAAGCUCGGUCAUCUGGGAGGGACUCAGAGUAGAGCCGCUGCUCCUUCACGUCAAGGCAGUUGAGGUGGCUCGGGCAUCUAGUUAGGAUGUCUCCUGGACGCCUCCCUGGUGAGGUGUUCCGGGCACGUCCCGCCGGGACGAGGCCCAGAGGAAGUUCCAGGACACAAUGGAGGGACUAUGUUUCUUAGCUGGUCUGAGUAGAUCUUAGGAUUUCCCUGGAGGAGAUGGCCCAAGUGAAACCUGAGGCCUCCCUACUUAGGCUGGUACCCUUGCGACCCGACUCUGGAUAAGUGGAAGAAAAUGACUGUAUGGAUACAUCAUUAGUUAUCUGGGAGCAAAGAUUGACUCUGACCCACUCAUGAUUUUCAGUUCGGUCUUUUCCAUAUUUUGUGUUCUUUUUCUUAAAGAACUCCUGACUGUCCACCUAGCUUGCACCUUUAAUUAAUUUCAAGUGUGACCUCUACAGCAUUUUCUUCACCUGUAAAUAGUUGUAAAAAGAAUAUACCGUCAGUUUGCUAGAAGGCAUGGAGAAUUUAAAUGUAACAAAUUCAUUGAUGCUCAAAACUAAGUCAUUUUGAUGAGAUAUUAGUGUACAAAUAUUUAAAGCUGUAAAUAUAGGGAGGAGGCUUUAUGUAUUGGUUGUGAAUAUGAAAAACUGAUAUAUUAAAGACAUGCAUGAAAGUAAAACUUGA